AUGACGCUUGACUCAGAAGAAGAAGUUUAUAAUUUUUAUGUUGAAUAUGCUCGGCAUGAAGGGUUUGGUAUUACUAAAAGAACAACAAAAUCCGGAGAUGAUGGAAGGUUAAAGUAUUAUACACUUGCAUGUGUAAGAGGUGGCAAAAGAAGAAUAUCUUCUUCACAAAAUUCCUUCAACCCAAGGCUAUCCACCAAAACAGACUGUCCAGCAAAAAUUAAUGUUAUUGUUGGCAAUGAUGGAGGGUAUACUAUAUCUCGGGUCCAUUUGGAGCACAAUCAUGCACUCAGUCCCCAGAAAUCUAGGUUUCAAAAAUGCAAUAAAAAAAUUGAUGCGCAUGUCAAGAGAAGACUUGAACUAAAUGAUCGAGCUGGUAUUAGUUUGAGUAAAAAUUUUCAUUCUUUAGCUGUUGAAAGUGGUGGAUAUGAGAAUUUGGCAUACAUAGAAAGAGAUUGUCGGAACUACGUUGUGAAAGCAAGGCAAAUCAGGCUUGGUGUUGGGGAUCCUGAUGCACUUGGGGCUUAUUUCUCUUGCAUGCAACAGAGAAAUUCAAAAAAAUUUUAUUUGGUUGAUAUGGAUGACGAGGGCCGAUUAAGAAAUGUCUUUUGGGCUGCUGCAUUGUCUAGAGCAGCCUAUGAAUCUUUUGGUGAUGUUGUAUCCUUUGACACGACAUACUUAACAAAUAAGUAUGAUAUGCCCUUUGCUCCUUUUGUUGGAGUAAACCAUCAUGGGCAAACCAUAUUAUUCUUACAUGAAGCUUAUACAAAUGAAAUUUUUAAGUUGUUCCAAAAUGAAUUGAGAGGAAUGUUAUUUUGCAAUCUCAGACUUAUCAACUCAAAUGGGCUAGUACAUGCAUUUCAGGUGACAGACAUAUUCAAAGGGAAAGAAGGCAGAUUCAGAAGACAUAUAUGCAAACUUCUUAUUAAGAGGAAUGCGAAAGAAAUUCCAUCUUAUUAUAUUUUACCUCGAUGGAGAAAGGAUAUCAAGCGGAGACAUACUUAUGUGAUGAAUUGUUAUGAUGACACACAAACUAAUGAACAAAAUGUGCUCUACACCCAAUUGUAUUCUCAUUUUGCCAAACUUGCUGAAAUUGGAGUAGCAACUACUGGAAAAUAUUUAUUCUUGACGAAAAGCAUGGAUGAGGCAAUGGAGAAGCUCAUGGAUAAUGGUUGGGAGCAAGAACAACCAAUACUUUCGAAUGAAGUUCAUGAGCAAGAACAACCAAUGUCUUCAACCACGAAGUUCCUAACACCUUUGAAGGUGAAUUCAAAUUCUAUCCCUAAUAUGCCGAAUAUGCAUGUUGAUAGCUCCACAACGCAAACUAUUGGCAUUGAUUUUUCUUCUAAGGUAAUGGAUGCUAAAGCCAUUUGUUAUGCUGCUAAAUUUGUGGUUCAGAAUUUGAAAUGA